AUGCCUGUGUUCGCUCAUUUAACGAUGUGGUCGCGAAAGCAGUCGGUGUGCAGUGCCGUGAGCGGUGUCUCCAAAGGCGACGACCUUCUAGCAGCUUCAGUGCAGACCUACCCGUUUGCAAAUGCCUUAAGAGUUAGAGUUUUGCAGAUCGUUUGUGGCAUUGGAGGUUUAGUGGUUGGAGCCGUUGGUUGGCUGGAAGAGAAACAGAAACCAGCGCUAGGACUAGGAGUACCAGCUGGAGCUAUAACUGUCGUAGCUGCAACGACGUCGGUUUACUACAGUCGCGGAUUCGGCGGCUGGAACUCGGCGCGGUCGAGGACGUCGAGGAGUUGGGGGACUCCCUGGCGGGCUCUGGGGCCCGCGCCCUGCGCCGCCGUGCCGCUCACUAUCCUAUGGGUGGUAGCCGUAGCGGCGCAUAUAGCGAUGCUCUCGUUCUGUGUCAGAACCCUGAUGAACUUGGGAUGCAGUAGCAAGACUUGCGUGGGAGUGGCGGCGGCUCAGUUGGCAGUCUCUAUCAGCACGUUGGCGGCGGCGGUUUACAUGCUGCAACUCGAUUUGCGGUACGACCCCGCAGUGACCCCGCCGCGGCCCCCCGACACUAACAUCUGUACCGCUGUUUCAAUGAACGGAACUGCUGUCGGAUUCGGGCCCCCGUUGGCCUCUUCCGACAGGAGGUCGGGCGCGGCCACUUUCGGCUCUGUUGUACACUCUACGAGCCAACCGGACCACAAACUCACUACGGACGGACUUUAUCUU